AUGGAGGAAUUGCUCCCGAGCACUCUGCAGUGUGGCCCGGCGGGCACCACCCAACCGCUCCCAGUAGAGCUCUUCGAUGCACUGGCCUCAGCGCAGCCCGAGCGCGAUGCCGUCUGCUCCGACGAUCCCGCCCACGGCUCCUGGACCCUAGCGACCUUGAGGCGCCGGGCACGCUUGUUGGCCAGUGCGAUCCUGUCGCGGCUUCGUGCUGACCAGAGGCCGCUCGACGACGCUCUUGUCGCUGUGUGCUUGCCUCGAGGCCCUGCGCUGCCGGUGGCUCUCCUGGCGGUCUGGUACGCGGGCGCCGCGUACGUUCCUCUGGAGCCCUCUCAGCCAGUCGCCCGCCUCCGCUUUCUCCUCGAAGACUCGCAGGCGCGCCUCCUCAUCGCAGAGCGGAGAACGGAGCCCAAGGACCUCGCCGCCUUUUCCAGCGCGACGUUGAGGCUUCUGUGGCCCAGCGGUGAGCUGGAGGAGGACUCCAAGGCACCCUUCCCCGAACCUGCCGCGGAGGCCCCAGGCGACUUGGCCUAUGUGAUCUACACCUCGGGAUCCACAGGCAAACCAAAAGGUGUUCGAGUUGCCACUGGAGCUGUGACGAACGUGCUGCAUGCGUUUGAAGACAUGGUUCGAAAGGGCGCUGCGAGCGAGGACGACGUGCUCGUGGCUGUCACGACCUUCUGCUUCGAUAUCUCCGUGUUGGAGAUGUUCUGGCCGCUGUGCUACGGAUUUCGUCUCGUCCUUUGCUCGGCGGCCACGGCCCGCAGCGGCAGGAGUCUCGAGGCGCUGCUGUCGUCAAGGCGGCCCGAGCCCAGGCAGGGGCGGCUCAUCUUUCAGGCGACGCCAACAAGCUUUCGCUCCCUCCUUCAAGCAGGCUGGAAAGGCGGCGAGAACGUCGCUGCAGUCUGUGGCGGGGAGGCUUUUUCAGGGCAGCUGGUCCUCCCGCUCUCGCAGCUUUGUGGCGCCGGAGUUUGGAAUGCUUAUGGCCCCACUGAGACGACGAUCUGGUCGGCAGCACAUCGGCUUCGAGGCGACGAAGUCGUGGUACCCAUCGGCAGAGCCCUUCCAGGAACGAAGCUUCUUCUGCUACCGGAGAAAGGCUCGCUGGCUUUCCUUUCCUUGAGAG